UUUCAUGGGUUCUUUGCUAGGUCUGCCUUGCCUCGUGUUCGUCCUGUGUGGAGGAUGUGAGCAGGGCUGAGUUGGGAGCCAGCCAGAAGCAUGGAGACUGUGGUGAUUGUUGCCAUAAGCGUGCUGGCCACCAUCUUCCUGGCAUCAUUUGCAGCCUUGGUGGUAGUGUGCAGGCAGCGCUAUUGCCGGCCCCGAGACCUGCUGCAGCGCUAUGAUUCCAAGCCCAUUGUGGACCUCAUUGGUGCCAUGGAGACCCAGUCUGAGCCCUCUGAAUUAGAACUGGAUGAUGUUGUCAUCACCAACCCCCACAUUGAGGCCAUUCUGGAGAAUGAAGACUGGAUUGAAGAUGCCUCGGGUCUCAUGUCCCAUUGCAUUGCCAUCUUGAAGAUUUGUCACACUCUGACAGAAAAACUUGUUGCCAUGACAAUGGGCUCAGGGACCAAGAUGAAGACUUCAGCCAGCGUCAGUGACAUCAUUGUGGUGGCCAAGCGGAUCAGCCCCAGAGUGGAUGACGUUGUGAAGUCCAUGUACCCUCCGCUGGACCCCAAGCUGCUGGAUGCACGGACGACUGCCCUACUUCUGUCUGUCAGUCAUCUCGUGCUGGUGACCAGGAAUGCCUGUCACCUGACCGGGGGCCUGGAUUGGAUCGACCAGUCCCUGUCAGCUGCCGAGGAGCACCUGGAAGUCCUUCGAGAGGCAGCUCUGGCUUCUGAGCCAGAGAAAAGCCUCCCCGGUCCUGAAGGCUUCCUGCAGGAGCAGUCGGCCAUUUAGUCCUAGAGGUGGGCAGGUGGCCAAGGUGGCCUGCUCCGUGCCUGGGUGGUUCAGCUGAGCUCGCCACUUUCCCUGUAGAGUUAGUUAUUCUCCAGGGCUCAGGACUGCAGCUGUGCUUGGAUGCCUCUGUUGCAAUGGCAAGUGGUGUCUGAAGAGUGGCAGUCUAAUACCACAGUUAGGGGAGACACCGUCCAUCAUUUGUACAGAAGAGCGUGGAAGAUUGGGCACUGUCAGCUUGAUUUAGCUUCCUAGUGUUUGCAAGAAAAUUGAGCUGCCCUUUAAAAAUCAAGGAGUUUCAUAUUAAAAUCAGAAUUUCUGGCUUCUCUUGAGCAAUCAGAAGGUGUGACAGUUCUGAUCUGCAGUUUUAAAAGAGGGACAAUCAGUUAGAACUAAGUAGAGGUUGCCUCUCCUUGUACUCUCACCUUAGAUGGUCUCACCUGACCUGUUUGUUUAUUUGUGUUACCUGCCUGGUCCUGGAGGCACCGAGACCUUUCUUCCUCUUACAGGUUUGGGUUUGAAGCUGAGCACUGUACAAUUGAUUAUUUCCUUUUUAUCAUUAUGCCUGCAUUUUACCUAGCUACCUCUAGGUGAAUAGUAGAUUUGUACUUAUGUUUUCCUCCAAUGUGUGGUUAUUGAGUCAAACUCACGCAUCGUCUGUGGUGGGAUGGAUUUGAAAACGGAGGAUGGAAGGAGAGAGCCUGAGAAUCCUGAAGGUAUCUCAUGUGUGUCCCAGAAGGAGGUUUAAGGACCCUAGAGUUCAGGCACUGGCGAAGACCCCACCAUAAGGAGGUUUCUGCAUCAGCAGUGACAUCUACCAAGGGUGUGUUCUUUUUUCUUCUGGUAUCUGUGUUGCAAAAACUGAAAGAGGAGGAGCAUUUCUAUGACUCAAGAUUUUAGGGCCCAGAAUUACAAUCGUGAAAUUAACGUAUGAGCCACAAAUUGCAUAAUUUCAAAGCAUAUAUGCUUUCUUAUAAGAAAGCCUGAAGUACUUUGCUUCUUCGUAGUAGUGCUUCUGUUUCCCUCUCUGUCUCUCUUUGUAGUCCAGACUGGCCUCCAACUCAUGAUCCUGCUUCAGCCUCCUGAAUGCUGGGAUUAUAGGCCUGUGCUCCUGCAAUCCAGUUCUGGUACUACUUUUGAAAGGGGGCUGGCUCGGGGGCUUCCCUGGUUUGUGUCCCGUGUUGUUAAGCAUGAUUGGAGCUGUAUAUUUGUUUUCAUAUCAUUUUCUCUGUCCUAAUUUAAAUAAAAAAAAUCCCUCAGCUUAAUGCUAGGAACCA